CAGCGGCUGCCCACCUGCCCACCUCUUUGCAUCCUCCAGAAGGAAGCUGUGCAGAGCCCGGUGAAGAGCCUCAUGCAGGCAGUAGGGGCAUGAAGGGGGAAUCUGCUCCAGACUUGAAUUGUUGCCACAAGGCUAAGGCUCUGAGGAGUGCAGGGGGCUUCCUGUCCUGCAGCCUGGACUUCCAGCUCUGCCAAGGUGACCAGGUCUUCUCAGCUUGGACGCCACUCUCCGACACAGUGGACGCCCGUGGCUCAUCCUGUCCCAGCUGGCUGCACCCCUUGCCCCUGGCACCAGCCAGGUCUGCCUCGCUGACCUGUCCCCAGGGCCUCGGCCUAUAUCUGCGCACCCUGCAGCCGACACCCCUGAGCACAGCCCCGCAGAGUCUCAGAUGCGAUGUCUUGAGCACAAAGCACCAGCCACCAGGGCUGCAGGCCGGCUCCACUGAUGAGAAACUCACGGCCAAGUACCCUGCGAGCAGGGACAAGAGGGGAAGCCAUCAGGAAAGAGCCGGCGAGGGGGCCCUCUGCCCAUCGUUCUCUCCUCACAGUGGCUCUUCCCCAACCCCCUGCUCCUGCCCGCUGCCCACUCCCAUCUCCAAGGAACUCCCAUUCUGCCUCCACUCCUUCUAUCCUGAGUAUCCACUUCUGCCUCCACCUCACCUGUUCACCUAUGGGGCCCUACCUUCUGUCCAAUAUCCCCUCAUCUUCAUGCUGCCCCCAGACCCUUCCUACCCCAACAAGGCUAUGCCCAGCUUGCUGAUGAGUGUCAAUGAACCUGGGCACCCUACUGCUCAGAGGGAGACACUGUAUCCUUACCCAGGGGCCCCCCAAGCCUCUGGCCAAAGCCAACCUUCCCAGGCCUGGAGUCAAGGUCCUGGAGCUGCCAGGACCCACUCCCCAGGGCCAAAGAGCGCGGGCAGGGCGGCUUCAGCAAGGCGGGCGCCCACGGGCUCCCGGCCAGGCACCACAGCUCUGCCUUACCCACUGAAGAAAGAGAACGGCAAGAUCCUGUAUGAGUGCAACGUGUGCAGCAAGAGCUUCGGACAGCUCUCCAACCUCAAGGUCCAUCUGCGUGUGCACAGUGGGGAGCGCCCAUUCCAGUGUGCCCUGUGCCAGAAGAGCUUCACCCAGCUCGCCCACCUGCAGAAGCACCACUUAGUGCAUACUGGGGAGCGGCCCCAUGAAUGCCUGAUGUGCCACAGACGCUUCGGCAACUCCAGCAACCUCAAGACCCACCUGCGCCUGCACUCGGGGGCCCGGCCCUUCUGGUGCAGUGUCUGUCCCCGGCGCUUCGCCCAGCGUGUUCACCUGAAGCUGCACGACCGCCUGCAGCCUUGUGGCCUAGCUCACAGCCACCUGCCCCUGGCGUCUCUUGCCUGCCUUGCCCAAUGGCACCAGGAAGCCCUAGAUCUUGUGGCGCUGCCAUCAGAGAGGCAGACGGGCUGGGGUUUGGAAAAGGUCAAGGUGUCCUUGGCAUCUGGGGGAAAGUAUGGGCAGCCAGCCUGAGCCCUGGUGCCAGGACGGCCCCGGGGAGGGGGCAGGAGCAGAGUAAUUAAAGGAUUUUCUCUAUGGCGAGUUGAGGCCUCCCGGACUUCAGCAGUGGCGGGGGAGAGGGGAGGGAGGAAGCAACUGUGUAUCUGUCAGUCUUCACACCUCACCUGGAAGCAGGUCAGAGAACACAGCCAGGGAGAGCCUGUGAUGCCCGCUCACGGGGUGGGUGCUUGCAGCCAUCCACAUCAGCUGGAUUUGGGUCCUUCUCCGUGUCUGGGACUUGGCCCUCCCAUCUCAGCUUGCCAAUGGAUAGUCCAGCCUUCCAGGGCUCCGCAUGGCACAGACUGUGCUGCCAAGCACUGGGCACACUGCUCUCUUUCCUGAGCAGAUGUUCCAGCACCUGCCCAGAUGUAUGUCUGCUGCUUCCCACCACCUUCCUGUCUCACAGCUCCUAGGAAGCCAGUGUGCCUCCUUAGCUGGUACUCCCUGCCAUGGUCAGGUAGGUGGGGUGUGCUUCUCCCUCUGUACAUGCCAGGAUCUGAGCCCCCCGUGGGGGUGGAGGGGCAGGAACACAAGGAGGUCAAUGUCCAUUCAUGACCCAGAAACACGAGGUCGUCCUGUGUGCCAGGACCACUCACCACAGAAGGCAAAGGGCUAAGGAGGUACGAGUCCACAGAAGGUGUAGAGGCCCUACAAGGAGUAUAAGGGAAGAACUGGCAAAGAGAACCUGAGGAACUAGGACCCUCCUAGUGACCUUUCUCCCUGCAGUCCCAGAGGAUCCCCUCAGAUGUGCAAGGUAUUCUGCACCCCCGGGGGACUCGGGAGUUAGCAUCAGGUGGGAAAGGGUACUUACUGCCUGGGAAGCAGGAGAGCCAGGUUAUAAUCACAAUAAACAGUAGCCAUUAUUAAAUAAUAAUAGCUGGCCGGGGCGC